AUGGGGACUGUGAAUAGUUGUCACAAUGAAGCUAGAAUACAAUUUGAGGCUUUUCAAGAUCAAAGGCAUAGUGUGGGGAAUAUUUUACCAGUACAUAGUCGCGAUAUGGAAAUUGAUUAUCGGACUCGUUUAACAGCAAUGUUGGAUGUGACACGCUUUCUAUUGAAGCAAGGGUUGCCCUUUCGUGGACACGAUGAGUCAACUAGUUCUUCAAAUAGAGAUAUUACACUUGCUAUAAUCAAUGAUAUUGGAGAUAAAUUCUUUUCUUUGAUGGUUGAUGAGGCUAGGGACAGUUCAGUGAAGGAGCAUAUGGGAGUUGUUUUGAGAUAUGUGAAUAAAAAAGGAUGUGUGAUUCAACGAUUUCUUGCAGUUGUGCAUGUGCCUGACACCAGUUCUCAUUCUUUGAAAAUGGCUAUUGAUGCUUUAUUAGUGCAACAUGGUUUAUCAUUAUCUAGAUUGAGAGGCCAAGGAUAUGAUGGAGCUUCAAAUAUGCGUGGUGAGUUCAAUGGAUUGAAAUCUCUGAUACUACAAGAAAAUCCAUUUGCAAUGUAUGUUCACUGUUUCUCUCACCAGCUCCAAUUAGUUCUUGUUGCUGUUGCCCAUGAUAAUUUUACUGUGAGUGAAUUUUUUGGGUAUAUCACUAUGAUUGUGAAUAUAUCUGGAGCAUCUUGUAAGAGGAGAGAUCAACUUAGAAAGAUUCAACAUGAUAAAAUAAUUGCUGAAUUGGAAAGUGGAGAAAUUACUAGUGGAAAAGGAAAAAAUCAAGAAACUAGUUUAGCAAGACCUGGAGAUACUCGUUGGGGCUCACACUACUUAACAUUACUUCGUUUAUGCUCUAUGUGGUCCUCAGUGAUAGAAGUGUUAGGAAAUGUAUAUGAUGACGCCUCUUAUUCUGCAAAUAAAGGUGUUGCCGCAGGUUUAAUUGAGAAGAUGGAGAGUUAUCAAUUUGUUUUUGUGUUACAUUUGAUGAAGUAUAUAUUGGGAAUUACAAAUGAGUUAUCACUUUCCUUACAACAAGGGGAUCAAAAUAUUGUUCAAACCAUGUCCUUGGUUAGAAGUGUGAAAUGUCGACUACAAGACUUCAGGGAAGAUGGAUGGCAGAUAAUUUUGGAACAAGUUAACACAUUUUGUGAAUUGAAUAUGAUUCCAAUACUUGAUAUGGAGGACAACAUGCUAACUCGUGGUCAUGGUAGGCGUAGAGGGCAGCUCAUCACCAAUUUUCAUCAUUAUCGUGUGGAGAUUUUUUUGUCAGAGUUGGCAUUAGUUUUACCAGUUGCAACUGCUUCGGUUGAACGAGUGUUUUCUGCAAUGAAGACUGUGAAGACUGAUUUACGCAAUAGAAUGGGAGAUGAAUGGAUGAAUGACAGUCUAAAUCCAAUUGCCUCCUCUUGUACCGACUUGUCAGUCGUCGCAGACUUCUGUGCCAACCCGGAAAUGAAGCUCACCUAUGGAAGAAAGGUUAUGGAGAAUCGGUCUAGUAUUAAGUGGGACAAGGGAAAGGCUCUCGAGUUCUAG